CUCUCCCGGCCUCCCUCCCGGGCCCCCCUUCUGCCAUGCCUUUGGCCCAGAGCGUGUUCCUGUCCCGACUGUAACGAGAAGCAGAUGUUGGAGGGAAACUCUUGCAAAGCCAGCAAAGGGGAUGAGAGGGGGAUGGAAGGGGAAGCAAGGCACGUCCUGGGGUAGGAGGGAGCUGCGGCAAAGAGGGGCUCCUCUCGGGGAGAGGCAUGCUCCAGGACAGGAGGGUCAAGGGCAGCCCAGCAAGGCCGGCCAGACAGCCUGGGAGUACAGGGCACUGGGGCUCACGCUUGCCAGGCAGGAAGUCAGGGGGAGAGCAGAGCAGAGCAGAGCAGAGCAGAGGGAGGAGGGAACCACAACCUCUGGGAAGUCCUUGCAAAGCUGUCAGAGUGUGAGCAGCACCAGCAAGGCUAGGAGCACAAACUGACCGACUGGACUGCUUGACCAUCCUCCAGCCAGAUCAAGUGGACACCAAAGUGGGCCUUGCCCCUCACCGAAGAAGCAACAGGAGCAACACUGUCCCUGGAUUUGUGCACCCGAGGGAGAGCCAGGCCAUGCGCAGCUGACCAGUGGCACAAGCAAGACCAGGAUGGCCGGCACCGCUCUGGCCGCCUGGCUCUGCCUCUGUUUUGGCCUGCUGGCCGACACUCCGGCGCAAGCCAUGAACUACCCUCCGCGGUACAGCCUCUACACGGCCGGAGCACUCCCCUUCGGACAGCACCAGGCCAACGCCAACCUUGCUCAGGGCCACAAUGGGGCACGGGUGGCCAGCCGGCACAGGAACUGGUGCGCCUACGUUGUGUCGCGAAGUGUGAGCUGCGUGGUGGAGGAUGGUGUUGACACCUACGUGAAGCCCGACUACCAGCCGUGCGCCUGGGGGCAGAUGCAAUGCUCUCGGGUCUUGGCGUACCGGAGCUUCCUGCGCCCACGCUACAAGGUGGCCUACAAGACGGUCUCGGACAUGGAGUGGCGCUGCUGCCCUGGCUAUUCGGGGGACGACUGUGCAGAAGGUGGAGUGACCCUCACCACCCCUCGGCCCCCAAGGCCCCCCAACGGACGACCCAACCUCUCCGGAUUCAGCAACACGCUCAGCGGCCUCGGGGGAGAAGGCUCCAGGGACUCAGAGAAGGUGCAGCAGCUGGAGGACAAAGUCCAGCGCCUGACUAAGCAGCUGCAGGACCUCCAGUCUACCCUCCAGGCCAACAAUGCUAAGCUGACCGAGGAUGUACGGCGGGCUGUGGAGGCCUCCCUGAACGGCAAGCAGCCGGCGGAUGCGGCUGCCCACCCGGAGAUGAAGGAGACCCUCAACGAGAUCCAGCGCCACCUCCAGCGCCUGGACAACCGCAUUUCCGACCAGGAGAAUGGCGGAGGCAGCACCGGCUCCGACGUCAAGGGCGAAGUCCUGCGGGAAGUGGAGCGUCGGCUGCAGAGCUCCUGUGCCUCCUGCUUGGCCGGAGUGGAGGGCCUGCAGCGGCAGCAGGCGGAGGACCGUGAGCGCAUGCGCGCCCUGGAGAAACUGGUCACUGCUGUGGACCAACGAAACCGGGAUGCCGUGGAUGCCGUCCGGCAACAUCUGGGACACCUGGCUGACCGGUUGCCCAAGGAGGACUGCUGUUCUCAGCUGGACGGCCGGGUGGGUGGCCUGGAGCAACGCUUGGACACCCUCUCGGACUCUUUGGCCAUGCUGACCGGACAGACCGGGGGCCACAGGCUACAGCCCCCUCCCUGGACACUGGACCGGCGCAUGUCCGAGAUUGAGGGACGUGUCAACACCACUCGCCGCGGCCUGGAGGAGCACCUGGCUGACCUUCAGGUGAUGCUGACCGGUGCCGACGAGCGCUUGCGUAGGGCCGAGGGUCAGCUGGACGCCAUCUUCUCCCGCCUGAACGACUUCCAGACCCACGUCCACCGGGCUCUGGCCAACCUCUCUCGGGACGUAGGGGCCCUGAAGGACAGCAGCAUCCAGCAGCAAGGGGCCCUGGACCGGAUCCGUAGCAGUGUCCACACCUGCACCCAAAUCUGCUCUGCGCCGGGCAGCCAGGACUCCCAGAUCAGCGACAUCCUGAGCGACUUGGAGCGGCGGGUGCUGGACAAUGAGGGUCAGCUGCGGCUCCUGGGCUCCAGCCUCCACCAGCUGGACGUCUCAGGGAAGCUCCGACAGUUGCACGGCUUGGUGGGGGCCAAUAGCGAUGGCUUGAGCAAGCUGGCCGGAGAGGUGGGUGAGUUGGAGACCCGGUUGGUGGUCUCGGGGAGCGCUGGGCCGCCGGAUCUGGCCCGCUAUGCCAACCGCACAAACCGGCGGCUGGAGAGGCUGGAGCAGGAGGUGGAGAGCCUGGGGUCCUGCUCCAUCCUGCGCAGUGAGGUGGACCAACUGCGGGUGCAAGUGGAGUCCUGCCAGGCAGCCUGCUACCCAGGUGGGAGGAGGUCGGACCCUCUGGCUGGCAGUGGAGGAGAGCAGCUACCCACACCGCCGUCUCCGCCGGAGGAGGCCUCCAAACCCCUGGACGGCUUCAGUGUCAUCGGAGGUGUUUCUGGGGUCCACCUGCGGUCCCUACAAGGAGAACUCUCAGAGGUGAUCCUGGGCUUCAGCGCCCUGAACGAGUCACUGGCCGGGCUGCAGGCUACGGUGGAGAAGCACCAGACGGACCUCCACGAGCUGGGCGGCACCAAGGACCGUAUCAUCGCUGAGAUCAACCGAGUGCAGCAGGAGGUGACGGAGCACGUGAGCGAGAGCGAGGAGAGAUUCCGUGACCUGGGCCACGAAGUCCAGCGCUUUGGGGUCAUCCUGCGGACGGAGACCUCCGACUGCCGGCAGUCUUCUGGGGGCCUGGCGGAGCGGCUGGCCAAGUUGGAGGGCUCCUGCGAGAAGCUAGACAAGGUCUCAGGGACCCUGCGGAAGGUCAAGGAGGGGCUGGACAAACACCUCACGGCCCUCUGGGGCUGCCUGCGUGACACCAACGGGACCCUGCGCCUCCACGAGGCCCUCCUGGACAAGAUCCACGGGAACCAGCUGCCCACCGUCCACCGGCGCCUCAGCAGCCUCAACGGGUCUUUCCAGGCUCUGCAGGAGGAGCUCCGGAUCCUCUCCCUCCAGGACUUCACAGGACCCCCAGGACUGCCAGGACCAAUGGGACCCAUGGGGAGACCGGGGCUCCCAGGCCCAAUGGGCCCCCCUGGGAAAGAUGGAAGCACGGGCUUCGUGGGACCCCCAGGUCUCCCCGGAGAGCAAGGGCUGCCUGGUCCAGCGGGAAGAAUGGCGCAAGUCUCCUUCUCGGCCGCACUGACCUCCCGCCAUGUUGAGGCGGGCACCAUUGUCUUUGACCGGGUGCUGGUCAACGAUGGGGACUUCUAUGACCCACACACAGGGAUCUUCACCGCUCCCAUCUCCGGCCGCUACGUGGUCAGCGCGGUGCUGACCGGCCACCGUGGUGAGAAGAUCGAGGCGGUGCUGUCACGCUCCAACCAGGCCAUUGCCCGCAGCGACUCAGCCGGCUACCAACCCGAAGGCCUGGAGAACAAGCCGGUGGCCGAGAGACAGCCCAGCGCAGGAGCCCUGGCCGUCUUUGCCCUGGUGGUCCCCAUGGAGGCCGAGGAGACCCUCUGCGUGGACUUGGUCUCCGGUCAGCUGGCCCACUCCCCGGACGAGCCCCUGACCGUCUUCAGCGCGGCUUUACUUUACGAGGACGGGAUCUAGUCGGGUUAGCUGGGCACCAAAGCAGAAGACAGGGGCACCUUUGGGAGAGGCUUUAAACCACGCGUGGGCCAACUUCGCCUCUCCUUCCAGAUGUUUUGGACGUCAACUCCUACAACUCCUAAGAGCUGGUUGAUGUAUGUCCAAAAGACCUGGAAGGAGGGCCGAAGUUGGCCCAUGCCUGUUGAAUACAAUAAUAAAACACUCUGAUAUCUCCAGUUACAGAAUUGGAUCUCCUCAGACAGGUGUGGUGGAUUUCUGCAGGUAUAAAAGUUGUGGCCUCCAUGUUGGUUGUUGUUGGAGUGGAGAGAGAGAACCCGUGAAGUCUGUAUAUCUGGUAUAUGCUGUGUAUAUAUAUAUUGGUGCAACUAAGAAGAGUGGAAAAAUAGGCUUAUCUUUGGAAAGAUCGACCAUUUGUCUGUGUUAUUUCCUGCAGACGUCCACCACACCUGUCUGAUUGUAUUUGGUUCCACAACUGGAGUUAUUACAGUCUCGUUGUGUUUUGUUAUUGUAUAAUGCCUCCGACAAGCAUGGCUUCCCUCAACCUUUUCGUUCCCAUUAAAAGAACAUUAAAGGAGAUUUUUCCAGGUGGGCAUAAAGCAGACUCUGAUUCACCUCUGAAUCCUCAGGCCAGCCUUAUGGGAACUGUUUUGGAAACCAACCCAUCAUUUUGGGAUUUUAGUAAAUCGCAAGCGGAACAAGCCAACAGUGCGAUACAGCCGGUAGAAAAUGUGAUCCUGGGUGGAGGGAAGUCACAAAUCCACGCUCGUCUUCUGCUUUGGCCAGGCGUCUUCGCCUGGAAUUGUAGCUCUGUGUCUGAGCAAAGCCAUUCGAGGAAGAAAUAGACCGUAAGAUGGAAGGUGUCCACAGAAAAUGGUCCAAAGUUUGGAAACCACGACUCCAUUAAUCCUAGGGAAGUCACAAAUCCACACUUGUCUUCUGCUUUGGCCUGGCCUCUUCGCCUGGAAUUAUAGCUCUGUGUCUGAGCAAAGCCAUUCGAGGAAGAAAUAGACUGUAAGAUAGAAGGUGUCCACAGAAAAUGGUCCAAAGUUUGGAAACCACGACUCCAUUAAUCCUAGGGAAGUCACAAAUCCACGCUCGUCUUCUGCUUUGGCCAGGUCUUCGCCUGGAAUUGCAGCUCUGUGUCCGAGCAAAGCCAUUCGAGGAAGAAAUAGACCGUAAGAUGGAAGGUGUCCACAGAAAAUGGUCCAAAGCUUGGAAACCACAACUCCAUUAAUCCUAGGGAAGUCACAAAUCCACACUUGUCUUGUGCUUUGGCCAGGCGUCUUCACCUGGAAUUAUGGCUUUGUGUCCGAGCAAAGCCAUUCGAGGAAGAAAUAGACCGUAAGAUAGAAGGUGUCCACAGAAAAUGGUCCAAAGCUUGGAAACCAUGACUCCAUUAAUCCUAGGGAAGUCACAAAUCCACACUCGUCUUCUGCUUUGGCCAGGCGUCUUCGCCUGGAAUUGUAGCUCUGUGUCUGAGCAAAGCCAUUCGAGGAAGAAAUAGACCGUAAGAUGGAAGGUGUCCACAGAAAAUGGUCCAAAGCUUGGAAACCACAACUCCAUUAAUCCUAGGGAAGUCACAAAUCCACGCUCGUCUUCUGCUUUGGCCAGGCGUCUUCGCCUGGAAUUAUAGCUCUGUGUCCGAGCAAAGCCAUUCGAGGAAGAAAUAGACCGUAAGAUAGAAGGUGUCCACAGAAAAUGGUCCAAAGUUUGGAAACCAUGACUCCAUUAAUCCUAGGGAAGUCACAAAUCCACGCUCGUCUUCUGCUUUGGCCAGGCGUCUUCGCCUGGAAUUGCAGCUCUGUGUCCGAGCAAAGCCAUUUCGAGGAAGAAAUAGACCGUAAGACGGAAGGUGUCCACAGAAAAUGGUCCAAGUUUUGGAAGCCAUUAAUCCUUCUGCAGUGGAAGGAACUUGUUAUGUUUACCUUGGAGAAAAGGUUGAGAGAAAGGACAUGAGAGCCACGUUGAUGUAUCUGCAAGGAUGUCCCAUUGAAAGGAAGCGGGGAAUGUUUGUUCUUGUUCUUUUCUGCUCCAGGACACAACGGAGCAAUGCGUUACAACACUUGGGACUCUUUUACUAUUAGAGCUGUGGAAAGGGAGCCUAGAGGAGCCUUCAUUCCAGAGGUUGGGUGGGCAUCUGUUGGGAGGGCUUUCAUUGUGUCUUGAGCCCCUGGUGGCGCAGUGGGUUAAAGCGCUGAGCUGCUGAGCUUGUUGACUGAAAGGUUGCAGGUUUGAUUCCGGGGAGCGGCGUGAGCUCCCGCUGUCAGCCCCAGCUGCUGCCAACCUAGCAGUUCGAAAACAUGCAGAUGUGAGUAGAUCAAUAUGUACUACUCUGGCUGGAAGGUAAGGGUGCUCCAUGCAGACAUGCCAGUGGCCACAUGACCUUGGAGGUGUCUACGGACAACGCCGGCUCUUCAGCUUAGAAAUGGAGAUGAGCACCAGAGUCGGACACAACUAGGGAAAACCUUUACCUUUACCUUUACCUGCUGCCUUGCAGAAAGAAAGGGGCUGGACUAGAUGGUCUUUGGGGGUCCCUCCCGGCUCUCUUGAGCUUAUGAUGCCCUAUGCCUGCUGGCAUCAUCCCCAGACCCUCCUUUGCCCUGAGAUGGCUUUGUGCUACCCUCAUGCUCAUGUGCAACUAAGGUGGUACAUCCAGAGGGGGAGAUGUGGAUGCAGAGCGAGAGAGAGCAAGUGCAUCCUUUCUGUUAUUUAUCCCUUUGCCGUACACUCUCUGUCCGUCUCCCUCCGGCCACUGCCCCACUGACCGCUGGCUUGAGCCUUGCGCACGCUUUGCCACUGCUGGGGCGGCCCCCAAAGUCACGCCAACCAGCCACGGAAAGACACGGAGGAAACCUUUGGUGGAGACAAGAGUCAAAGGGAGCAGCGGGAUGAAAGAAGGACCUUGUGGUUUACUCCUCCUCCUGUAUCCACUGCCUCAAGGGCCAACCUUUGCUACAGGUAUGCCGACUGAAUAAAGAAACACCUUUCCUUUUUUUAUAAA